CGCGGGGCUCCCUCCUCCCUCAGGGCGAGGAGGCCCCGGCGGCGCUUGGGCCGAGGCAUCCAGGGAACCAGCCCCUCCCUAGCCCCGGGCCCCGCCGGCUUUUGUUGUUAUUUCGUCGGGUUGUUCUAUUAUUUUUUUCAUUACUUAAUUUCUUAUCGCGUAGUACAAUAAGUGGGAAGCGCGGCCCCGGCGCCAGUGUGGCCGCUUGCGGAGGGCCGCGGCCGGGCGGGGCGCACUUGUGGUCGGGCUCUUCCCGUCGUGCCGAGUGGCUCGGUUAGAGAAAUGCGUCACGGCUCGGGCCUGGGCUCGGCCGGGGUCACCGAGCCGGCCCCAAGAGCUCUGGGAGGCUUCCUCAUCCCCGUGCCCUGACCCAGAGCCUGGUGUGAGCGAAAUUAGUGCUGAAGGAAGGGGGGCGGAUUACCCGCUGCCUGGUGAAAAGGUCAAUAUUGGACAGAGAGGCAUACAAAACCGGUGUUGCAUAAAAGUUGGUGAUAACCAACUGAGAAGCAGUUGUAUCACUUGCCUCCUGAUAGCCUCUUGCAGCAAGAGUGCUCUGCUUUGCCGUCUUCCAUUAGGUCUGCACAAGUGAAAAGUGCUGAAGGAGUGUAAUAAAUUGAACCUGUGCAGUCAUACUGUUGAAGAAAGACAGAAGACAAUUUGAACCAUGGCAACCCAGGCGUUUUCCCCAGAGGCUGCUUUCCCUCAUGGGAGGCGGAGGGAGAAAUGGGACCCCAGGCUUCUUUCAAGGGCAAGGACUUGAUGGCAAAAAAAAGAGAAUGUCUCCAGGCCUACAGCUGGUGGAGAACGCCACAGAAGAAGCGGAAGAAAAAGAACAAAAUAAAACCGGGAAGAAUAGAGUUUGUCCCUAGUAGUACUAACACAACCAGACCUGAUUAUUCAAUAUUUGUUGGGGAGCUGACUCCAGAAGUAGAUGAUUUUCAGCUCUAUGACUAUUUCCUAAAGAGGUAUCCCUCAUGUAUUGACUGCAAAAUAGCAACAGACCUGCUGGGAUAUUCCAGAGGGUAUGCCUUUGUCAGAUUUGGUGAGCAAGGUGAUCAGAUGAGGGCACUGCAAGACUGCCAGAAUGCACCAGGUCUGGGGGGAAAACGAAUCCGGCUGAGCAUAGGAAUUUCUAAAAGACUGAAAGCAGAAUUCCAGCGGUACCAGUCAUACAACUAUAAUGAUUAUUACCAAGAUUAUCAGAACUACUAUUCGCAGUGGAAUUACGAUCCCUACGCUGACUACAACUACAGCUCCUAUACUCCCUAUGAUAGCAUGCAAGCUGUUGGAGACUGCUCUUUAGGAGAUGCUGUUAUGGCUCCAGCUGUUUUUGAGGAAGCUUCAGCUAUGACUGAAAUCAAUGAUGACCUAAUAACUGAAGAUCCACAGCUGUACUUGGAUGUUGAUGAAAUGAACAGACAAUUUAUGGAGACAAGUGAAGAACUCUAUGAUGCCCUCAUGAAUUGUCACUGGCAACCUCUGGAUACGGUCACUUCUGACAUCCCCUCUGCUAUUUAAGUGUCUUAUAUAGCAUGACCGUUAUAACCAAGGUGCUAAAAUUACAUUUCUUCUACAUUACUCUAGAUCAUAAGUUUUAAAGCACAAUGAUAGGUUGGGGUUUUUUUGCUAUGCUUUCGGCAGUUUCUGUAAUUUGUUUUAUUUUGUUCAUCACUUGGAGCAUCUUGAAAUCAUGUAAAUAUUCUAGAAAUGUAAAGAGUUCAAUGGGGUCUAAAGAUAGACUUGCCUGUGUAAAUAAAAUUUUGUUUCUGCAAA